AUGGCCGACGGAGUGCGGUUGACCGCUCCGACGAUCCUGCUGACCGAACCGUCCGCGCCCCGGACGUCGUCGUCGGCCCACCUGCCGCGAGGCGCCCUCCUCGCCGUUGGCUCCUCUGGCGGUCGCCGGCUGGUGUGCGCGCUCGGCGAUGGGCUGCAGCAUCUGCCGCCGGCCCUCGGCGCCGAGCUGCCCGAGCUGCUGCUUCCCAAGCCGGCGCUGUGCGGCCGUCCGCUCGACCUGUCGGUCGGAGCCCACCGCCUCGUCGGCCACCCGCUCAUGCUGCGUGUCGGGCAGCCGGCCGCCUCAGCAGACGCGCCGUACGACCGCCGGCUUCAGUACCGGCGGACGGUGGCGGCGUGCGCGGUGCUGGCCGCGGAGCUCGGCGAGUCGCUCGCGGAGCAUGAGGCGCACCUCGGGAGCGACCUCUCCCGCUCGGCUCGCGUGCCCGCGCGGCGGCUGGCGACCGUUUUCCUCUGGCAGCGGCGCGUGAUCCACCAGCUGCAGACGUGCCUCCUCGCCGAGCUGUCGUGGCACGAGGGCGUCCCUCGCCGCGCGCUGCUGCAGAUGGUGGCCGCCUUCCCGGACGUGCUACUGCCCGUGCUCAUGCCCGCCGUCGGGGAGGACUUCGAGGAGGCACAGGACUGUGGCUGA